AUGGCAUCCAACUUUUGGAGUGCGUUGUCGGCGAGGGUGGAGAUGGUCCAAGCCAACCUCCAAACGGAGCUAGCCCAAGGACUACGGGACAAGGGGCUGCUGAAUGCGGAUGGGGCAUGGGUUUUUCUCGCCUGGGAUGCAUCCAGCAAGUCACUCAAGCCAACCACGCAGACACCCAUUCCAAUGUCGGAAAUGGUCCAGAUCAUCGCGAGCAUAGUGGAGCUUGUCAAGCUGCCGGCCAUGGUCAAUCAGUUCAAAGCCUUGAAGGCACUCAAGAGUGCGGACUUGAAAAGUCCGACAGUCGUCAUCCCAUGGACGAUGGCUGUCUCUCUUCGUCACGAGAGGGCACAGCAGCUUUGGCAACAUCUGAUGCGUUUGGUGGGGAGCAGCGUUACGCAACUCCUCAUGUGCCAGAUGCGCCCGGCAAACCUCAAGAGGUCGAAACUAAGCGAGCUAAUCGCCAAGUGUGUAUUCGGUCCGAAAUAA